UAACUUCCUUCUGACAUCGUUUCCACAACAAUCUGAGCUAGACGCAGGUUGAAUGGUGAGCUGGGUUUGACAUCUUACAAGAGAAAAUGUUUUCUUCAACAGUUCACCAAGUGGUGAGGUCGCUCGGGAAGGACACCUUACUGCCAGUCCCAAACUUAGACUCGUCUGACAAUAUUUAUCCAUUGAGUAUUGUGCUGAAAGAAACCCGCCGUCAUUUGCUGUUUUGGACAAAGCACAAGUGUUAUACCACUGAGUUCAAACUUACUGAUAUUCUAGAGGACCCAACUAAACAGCCAGUCGUCAAAAUUGACGAGAAGAUAUUUUGUAAGGGCUUUAAUCGAAGUACAAAUCUGUCUUUGAAAGGAAAGUUCGGGGUUGAACUUUCCAAAGAACUGGUUGACAUCGACCUGGAUGGAGCGAGGUCUGUGAUUGUUCAAAGUCCACUGGGUGAUCUGCAGAAGGAUGAAGUCGAACUACAGCCAUUCUUGGAUGAAAUAAAUUCAAGGAGAAUCAAUCUGAACCACCAGCUGGUGAAGCCGCUUGUAAAUGAGAAGACACUGUGUGUGGUGACAGGAGUGAUCAAGCUAGUGAGCGAUGCCAGCCUCUCAAGUCAAGUCAACUUCGAUGAAACAGGCAAAGCUGGAAGCAGCUUUUCUUGCUUAAGCAGCACGGCUGUCACUGCAAGUGAAGAAGUGAAUGAGAAGAAGUCGAAGACGAUGAAGGUUCCGUCCGGGACACCAGUGGCAUACCGGGUGUACGAGCUGCUGGUCAGCACCAAGGAUGGGAGCUUCCAGGUGCAGGUUGAUCCGGACACCAAGGGGGGAUUCAUUACCACCAGCCUCGCCAACCUUGACACAGUUGAUGCACUGGCUGAGUCCUUCAGCGCUGUUGAGUGUUCAGAUAACCCAGGUGAUAUUUUCCGCAGCCUGCUAGAAUUGUCUGCGGGUCAGCGGGAGCAGGUCCGGAGCAGCCUGAGGGGAAUUAUGGAGCUUCCACAGACUGUGCAGCCCCUCUCUGACCUGCUGCAGGAAGCUGAGGUGUUCAUUGACACCAAAAUUGAGAAAACAACCAACCUGGAGCACUUACAGAAGAAGAUUGGGACCUCUAAUGAUGAUAUCCAACAGUUCCUCACAAUUGCUGGCUUCCAAAUAAAGGAAGGCAACGUUGAGUACCCCCGAGCCACCACUGACAUAUUUGAAGCAUGUCAGCUUCUGGUCACUUUGCUGGAUGAGUUUGACGAUGAUGAACUAGAUGCUGUAGCCCGCUGUGUGGAUGAUGAAGAGACAGCACAAAGCCUUCUCAGCAUUCUUCAGAAGCUGCAAGAUAAGGAUAUCCUGACACUACGUCUUGCACAGGAAGAAGCAUCCACUCUGGCCACCGACACUGCCAAGAACUUCAUUGAGUCCGUGGAUGUGAAGCUAGAUGACAACAUGCUGACUCUGUCCCGCACCAACAGGCUUGACGUGAAUGCUGCGUACUUCGUGUUCUAUGCCCUGUAUGGCUAGUGUCAGUCUGUCUAGUCCAAGGGUCCGUAUGGUGUUUGAGAGUCAUGUUACAGUAUUUCUAGUAAUGAAAUUUUAUUGGUAAUCUCCUUUACAUUAACAUAUACUUAUAGGAUAAUGUCGAGCGUAAGCUAGAAACAUGUCAUGGUGAGACUUAACUUGCCAUACAAGAAAUAGGGCAAUGAAUCAUGAUAUAAUUGAGUUAGUGAGUGGUUUUAAGGCGACAGUAUUUCAGUUAGGGUGUUAGGAGAAUGAACUUGAGGUAGAUGUAAUACUGACAUGACAACAUUAACACAGGUUUGUGUUGAACGUAGACAUCAGUUGGACUGAAAUAAUACAUCUAUUUGUUAUAUAAUAAUUUUAAAAAAUAAAUGCCUUACCAUAAACUUGAAUUUGACAAUAAUGAAUUAAUCAUGAAUAUAAAGGAUUGUAUUUUAAGUAGUAAGAGAAAUGCUGGACUUGAAGCUGAUAUGAUAUGAAAUACUAAGUAAUACAUGAAAACUUCACUUUGCCAAGUAGGAAGAAAGAAUGGAGAACAUGUUGGAGAGCAGGUAUUUGGAUGAAAUGCAUGUUGUGAGAAAGCACAUCCCAGUGAGUAUAAUGUUUUUAGAAGCUAUGUUGAAGAGUGAUAUUUACAUUAGGAACUGUGUUCAGUUCCAUGAAAUGGGGAAUACAUUUUGAUAACAUCGAAAUAUUUUUGUAUUUUUUUUAGUCCAAGUAUAAGCCAACCAUAAUGUUUGUAGGUGGAGCUGCAAGUCCAAGAUGGAUAGAUAGUGUGUUAGAAGAGAGGAUAUGGUCUCAAGGAAGCGCAGAUUGGUGACAGUAUUAAUGCAGCAUAUUUUUACAGAGUAGUUUUGUAGCAAAUAUGUAUAAAUCAGUCAUCAGAAGCCAACUGUCCAACCAACUCAGAUUACUACAAUUAUGUAAUAUACUAAGCAGCAAAAGAAACGUCAGUUGGAAUUUUCCUUCGCAGAAACGGAUAACUGUAAACUCAUUUUAG